AACUUAUUAAGUUAACAAUCUUUACAUUAGAAUAUAUUCCUUACAGUUUAUUCUAUUAGUUGUAAUUUGUUAGAUUUUAUCUUUGCAAAUAUUGUAUGAUUAACUAAGUAAAUUUAUUAACAGUAUGAUUUCAAACAACUUUGUAUGUUUGAAAGGAUUAUUUUGCCGUUUCUUACAAAAAAAUGUAAAUUGCAUUCGAAAAAACUCAACGGGAAAAUAUUGUUUGGAAUUAGUUAGGUAAAUAUAAGUACCUAUGUAUGUAUAUAAGAAAAACUUGAUACCCAUCUCAAUAGAUUUUUUUGUCUUAUUUAUCUUUAUAAGAUUAGAAACUUAGAAAAAUUGAUCACAAAAAUGUCUAAAAUGAUUGUGUUAUAAUUUAAAUGAAAGCUGAUUAAAUAUAAUUAUUGUAUUUAAUUAAAUUCUUUAUAACAUAAAGUCUAGCAAUUUUAUUGUAUUGCUUAUUAUUAUAAUUAUUUUGUUAUCAAAUAAUUUAUUGAUUUUGAUUAGACAGAUAAUUUGAGUAAUGCUAAUAAAUUAUUAAAAUUAUUUUGUUAUCAAAUAAUUUAUUGAUUUUGAUUAGAUAUCUAUCUAUUAAUUAUCUAAUUAGAGUAAUGCUAAUAAAGAUUGUUUUACUUUAUUAUUAUUAUUUAAUAUUAUUAGUUAUAUGUCUAUGUAUGGUAUUUGUUUAAUAUUAUGAUACCUUAAAAAGACGUACCUACAACUAAUCGGAUAUGAUACCUACACAGAGUUACUUACAAAGGAGAAAUCAUAAUUUCUGUUAUUUUAUCUAAUUUAAAAACAACUGUAAUUUACUAGGCUUCUUUUAUAUUAAAUUUUUUUUUCUAAAUGUGUUUUUUGAUGCUGAUUUUGCAAGUGUAAAUUUUUUCAUUAUUAUGUUAUUAAUUUUGCUACAGCACACUCUGACUGUUUUUAACUAAAAAAUACUUCAUUUUUUAUGCAAAACCAUGUCUGGUAUAUAAUAGGAAAAAUAUAGAUUGAAGUAAGCCUUUGGGUACAAUCAAAAUGCUUAAAUCACAUAUGGAGAUGUAGGUAUUCUUUUUUUUUAGUUUAUUUUAUAGUCCUUCCCAAUUUUUUAUGGAAAACAAUCAUGAAAUAUUUUAAUUGAAGAAUGUGGCAAUCUAUCUAUCUAUCUUAUUGCUUUUAUACAAUAUAAGUUAUUUAUUGCUGAAUAGUUAAUGUAUCAGUAAACUGACAAUGGAUAUAUAUUUGUAUGCAGGAAAAAUGUAAUAUGUAUUUUAUGUGUAAUAUAAUAUAAUGUUUAGGUAAGUCAGUAGGCACACUAUAUUAGAGGUAGGGAAAAAACUUAGAUAAUUAGACUAGGGAAUAAAAAAAACAAAAAUUUAAAAUCUUUAAAUUAUUAAUUUACAAUUAUGAUUAUUAGUCAUAAACACUGUAUUACACUGUAAUUUAUAAUAAUCACCCAGAGUAUAUCACAGUCUUUUAGAAGGUCAUGAUAGGGUUUCCAGUUUCUAUAUCAUCUGAUAGAAGUUUUAUACAUUUCAACUAUAAAUCAGGGUUACAGUAAAAAAUAACUUAAAAUUUGAAAAAGUUCAAAUGUAUAUCCAUAACUUCAGUAAUUCGUGAAAAGUAGUAGUCAAUUUUACUGUUAUUUUAUUCGUUUGAGUGAAUAAAAUUUAGUCUGUUGAUAGUCACAGUUAUAUGUGAAAAGUUUAGUAAAGUUUAUUGUGUUUUUAUUUUAAUGAACAUCUGUUGACAUCAAAUAAAUUUUACUUAUAUGGAAAUUUUUAAAUUCAAUAAUAGUGAUAAGAUGAUAGGCUUUGAAUCGUAUUCUUAUAUAACCAAAUACAAGGGAAAAAAUGAUUUUACUUGAAAAUCUUGAACAAAGAAUAACAAAUUAUCCUAGAAUCUUAAAGAUUAGUAUUCUAAAAACUGACAACAGAACAUAACAUGUUGAAAGCCAAUCUGAUGUCAAUCUACUGAAAGCUUUAAUACAUAGUGUCACCAAUGAUUAAUAAUCAUAAUUAAAAUUACUAAUUUAUAAUGUUUAUUCUUAUUUUCUGUUGGUCUUUUUUCUAGGGUUCCAUAUUAGAUUGGUCCUUUAUUGGUGUAGGUACAUAUUUCCAGGUAGUUAGACUAAAUUUUUUUGGUAUGUUGUAUCAUAUUAGACAAGUACCCUAUGUGUUUUAACUUUUACAAAUUCAAACAAUAGGUUCUUAAAACAAAUAUGUAUAUUAAAGUAUUAUUUUGUAGAUGAGUGGUUCUGAAAUAAUAUAUUCAUUUGUUAAUUUAUUUAGAUAAAUAUAAUAGUAUAAAUUAUUCAAAAUAUUAAUCAUUUUUUUAAAUUAAUGAAAUUGUUUUUUUUUUAUUACAUUUACAGAAAACAUGAUUUUGAAAACUAUUUAUGUACUUUAUUAUUACACAAAACUAUUCGACGAACAGGUUUUGCUGUUAGAGCAUUUAAUAUUGAAGUAGCCACUAUUCAAGAUCAAAUAAGCGAUAGUAAAAUUGGAGAAAUGCGGUUUAAAUUUUGGGAAUCAUCACUUAUUGAAAUAUUAUGUAAAGAUAAAAUUCCUAAACAUCCUGUGCUCAUCGAACUUUAUAUAGUCAGUAUUUAGUAUUUAGUCAGUAAAUUAUGUACAUUUUUAACACCAAUAAUUAUUAUAGGCAGCGAAAACACAAAAAUUAAGUUUACCAUAUUUGAAGCGUUUAAUUAAAUCACGAGAAAAUUAUAUGUUAAAUUCUUCAUUUAAAACAACAGAAGAUAUGGAUACCUAUGCUGAAAACUCUGUUUCCCCAAUAUAUUAUUUACUUCUAGAAUCAUUAGGUUUGUAUUUGUGAUCAGUAGAGACCAGAUUUAUAUGUUCUUAAAAUCCAUAAAAAAAGCAUUUAAAAUAUAUUUAAAAAAUCAAAAAUAAUAGAGGCUUUUAAAAAUACCAUUCUAAUGAAUUUAAAUUUUAAAUACAAUUUUUUAACACCACAAAACUGAUUAAUAAAAAGUAAUUUUUUUUUUACAAUAACAUCAUACAAUUUAUUUAUAAGUCAUUAUAUUGUGUAAUCAGUUUUGUAGUGUUAAGAAAUUUAAUUUAAUAAGUUAGCUCCAUUAGAGGAAGACUUUUACACCUAUCUCUAUCAUUUUUACUUUCUAAAUGGUUUUAAGUGCUUUUUUGGGUAUUUUUGACAUUUUUAAGUGGCUUUAUAAGUGGAUUAUAAAAGAAUAUAAACUGAUUCCCUUUAUUGAUCAGUUUUAAUUGUUUUUUUUUGUUAUAUAUACAUAUAUUCUUAGCGUUGGAAUGUACAUUGUAUAUAUUAUGUUUACCAUAUUUUUGUCAUAAAACAUGACUUGUUCAGUCAACUUGCAAUAUUACUGAAUUACCAAGAGUUUGAAUUGCUAAGUAGUUCGAAAUAUCGAGAAAGAAAAAAAAAAUUUUUUUAUUAUAAUUAUUAAAUAUUUCAAUAAAUUAGGCGUUAUUACAGUAUUAUCCAUUUCAAAAUGUAAAUAUAAAAUUAUUAGUAUAAAAGAUUAUUAUUUUUUAAGGAAAUCAGAAAUUAUUUUCUGCUUCAUUGAACUUAAUUUCAUUUUUUCAAUACUAUUUUCUCGCCUAAGACUUGUAUUUUUAAAACUAGGCACACUUAUUACAAGAACUUUACAAUCGACCAAAUAAAAUAAAAUUACAGUCGACUUUUGAAAAGUUAAAAUAGAAUAAGGGAGAAAAUUAAAAAAUAAAAUGCUUACAAUAAUAAUUUUAUACCUAUCGAAAAUAAUAAAAUAACGAAGAGAUUAUAAGAAAUAUAUUUGGUGAAUAUUAGUGAAUAACCACGAGAUUUUCAAGAAAACCAGAAUUUACUUUGAAUUAUUCAUAUAUUUGAACAAAAGUUACAUUUCCACUUUUGUUAUAAGUUUCCUAACUUUUUUUCCAAUACUUUGGAUGCUUCAUGAUACUUUGUAUCAUGAAAAGAUACAAUUUUAAUUGAGUUUUCAAGCUAUUAAUCUUAAUUCUAUAUUUAGUUCUUUGUUUUUUGUUUUAAAUUAAACAAUUAUGUUUAUAAAUGUACUGGUAUAAAAUUACAGGAAUUAAGGACAUAAAAGUUGAUCAUGCUGUUAGUCAUUUAGGAAAGUGUCAAGGAAUUGUGAACAUUAUUAGAAGCAUACCUUAUAAUACUAAAUCAGGGCACAUAUUAAUACCACAAGAUAUUUUAUUGAAAAAUAAAGUGUCCUCUGAAAAUAUCAUUAGAAAAUCUAAUGAACAAAAUGUACGUGAUGCAAUUUUUGAAAUGGCUUCUAGAGCUAAUUCACAUUUAACAAAAGUAAUUUUGAAUUUUUAUUAAAAUUUGAGUUUGCAGCACAAGAAAAUAAAUACUAUAGUAUGAUAAACUGAUACAUGUACUUUAGGCCAAAAAAUUGGAGAAGGAUGUAGAUCGACAAAUUAAAUCAAUAGUUUUACCUUCUGUUCCUCUUCAGCUAUACUUGAACAGGCUUCAGAAAACAAAUUUCAAUGUGUUUGAUGAAAAACUACAAGAACGGAAUAACCUAUUACCAUUGAAGUUAUUAUGGCAUAAGAUAGUUCAUUAACAAAUUACCUAUUAGCUUUUGUUACAUUUUUGUUAACUUUUUUUAAUACAAUUUAUGUAUUUUAACGAUAUUUAUAAAAUUUAAAAUUAAUAUCUAAUGUCUAUUGUUUAGUGAUGAGUCAAACUGUUUAAAUCUCGAACAGAACUGAACCCUAGAUUUUAGUUCUGUUUGAAAUUCGAACCUGCCAUAAUAAAAUUUCGAACCGAACUAUUUAGUAUCUACAGUUAAAAAAUCGAACUUGAAAAUAUUUGCUGAACUGACUAUUCAAAAUUCAAAUUCAAUUAGCUCUACUAUUUUUGUUUUAUCUUUAAAUAUUUUAUUGUUAAGGGGUAUAUUAUAUGUAAGAACCUUGUAUAUUUCAACAAUGAGUAUUGUCAUGAAAAAUAUAUUUUUAAUUUAGAAAAACCCAUAAAUAGCAAUAUUCCACCAGUCCAUUAUCUUGUUAAAAACAAUAAAAAUAUGUUAUACACAUACAUUGAAUUUCUAUAAUGUAUUUUGUCAGUUCAUUCAAUUACAUCUAUAAAUUGUUACAGUGUUAUACAAAUCAACUUAACAAGACUUAAAAAUAAAAAGUGAUUGUAAUUAUGGUUGAUUUACAUUUUAUAUCUAUAUAAUACAUGGAAAAACAUUCAAGUUUGAGUUGAGUUUGACUGAAAAAUGUAAAAGUUCAGUUCAAAAAUCAGUGUUUGACCCAUUACUACUAUUGUUAUUUAGUUAUUAACAUGUUAUAUAAUUAUAAUUAUUAGUAAAUUAUAUUAUACUUGAAUAUAAAAAAUAACAUGACAAAAAAUUGGUCAAAAUAGCUCUAUUUUUAAUUUAAAAAGAAUAUUAUUAAUGUUUAGUUGCAUCAAAUAUUCACUGAUCGUUAUAAGUUAAUUUAAUAGUGUUUAAAGUAAACAUUACAUUUUAAUGAGUUUCAAAUAAUUACUGGGUUCCAAUUUAUAUUUAAAAUAACUAAAUAGGUAAACAUUGCUUAUAUUGAAUAUAGGGAGUUAAAUGUUUCAUAAUAUAUGUACAAUUAAAAUAAAAUAGAGUUUAAAAAAUUAAGUAGGACCAAGUUUAAAGUGUUAUAAUUUCAAAUUUGUCAACAGUUUUGAAUAAGUUUUAGAUUCUGAGUGGAAUGAGAAAUGUAUUGGUUUUACAAUGAUGUUUUUUUUUUAUGUGAACACUACCAGAAAGCAUACUCUGAUUAUCAAGUAUAGCACCUUUCCUGAAUGGAAAUUUUCUCCGAUUGGUACUUUAUACAGGUAAUUUUAUGAAAUUCUCAUCAAUAUUCAAGGUAAUGAGGAAAACCUUGAUUUUUUGGUGAAAAAAGAUUGAAAGAUUAAAAAUAAGGUCAUUAACAACCUUUUUAUUUUUUUUAUUUUUUUUAAAUAAUCGUUGUUAUGGACAUUGUUUGAAUCAUUUUACCAUAAUAUUACAUAACACCAUACAUUAUUUAUUGUUGACAAAGCCACACUAUCAACUGAACUUUGCUCAGAAUCGUUUUUCAUUAGCAAUGGAUUAUUGUUGCUUACAGAUAUAAAUUAAAUUCCUUUCUGUAGCCUACCUUCCCAACUUCCCACCUACAACAGUAGCAGCACCCAUCCCCAUUAUCCUAAGACAGUAUUUCCAUUCUUUUUUUUUAAUAAUAAUUAUUAUUAUUUGAUUUAAAUAAAUUUGCUAAAUAAGAUAUAUAAUUCAACCUAGUCUUAUAGAUUACAGGUUAUGACAACUAUUUUAUAAAUUAUUUAUAAAACUAAUAUUUUGAAUGAUCAAUACUUUUAAAAUAAAACAAUUCUCUAAAUAAUCUAUCUAAAUGUUAAUUUACUAACACUAUUUACUUAUUCUACAAUAAAAUGGUUAUUGAACAUUUUGUUAAAUUGAAGGAUUUUAGAUCCCAACUAAAGCUAUUAUUUUAUAAUAGUUUGUAAUUUUCUGCAAUAAAAAUAUUAUUUGUAAUAAAACGACAUUAAAAAUAGAUAGCUAAUCAAAUUAUGUAAAACUAUUAAAGGCACUUACUAAUUAUAUUCUAAUUUUAAAAAGUUG